AUGUAUCAAUUGUUGUGGAUUGUCCUCCAAGCUGCAACCAGUGCCGCUACUCUGGUAAACCACUCAGCAGAGCUUCGAGUAGUAACCUCCAGCGGCAUCGUGAGCGGGAUAUACAACAACACAGCCCAAACAGUCCGGGGAUUUAUAGGAAUACCAUACGCCGAGCCCCCAGUAGGACGCCUGCGCUUUGCACCAGCACAAUCCAAACCCCCAGCCAGACAUCCGAUCGAUGCAUCGUCCUUCAGCGAUCCAUGUCCACAGGUUUACACAUACUCCAAUGAAUCAAUCUGGAGCAUUCUUCCAUACAAGAUAUGGAAUCCAGCCAAUAUGUCCGAAGACUGUCUUUAUAUUAACAUCUGGACGCCUUCUUCCAAACAUCAGGGUAAGAGGGCGCGAAACGCGGCAGUGAUGAUGUUCAUCCAUGGGGGAGGGUACGGCUCUGGUUCUGGAUCGGUGGCUUUUUACGACGGAACAAAUUUGGUACAGGACAAUGAGGAUAUCAUUUUUGUCACUUUCAAUUAUCGGCUCAACGUCUUUGGAUUUCCUAAUGCACCCGGUCUGGAUCCUCUGAAGCAGAAUCUAGGACUAAUGAAUCAGCGACUGGCGGUCGAAUGGGUCCAUAAGAACAUAGCCAACUUUGGCGGUGAUCCAAAGAGGAUUCUCCUUUUCGGGCAAUCUGCUGGGGCAUCGUCGGUUGAUAUCUAUUCAUAUGCUUAUCUAGACAAUCAACUUGUCAGCGCAUUCGCCCUACACUCCGGCACUGCUCCAUCGUUGAUAACACGGGCUGACCAUAAGAAUUGGAACGACUUGUCUACUGCUGUUGGAUGUGGUUCGGGAGCGAAGUCUCUUGCGUGCAUGAGACGAGUUCCGGCCACAAAGAUUGUCGAGGCAAGGACACAGGGGAACUACAAGUACAACUUCUAUCCGAUCGUAGACAAUCGAACUGUGUUCUCGGACUAUGCUGCUAGAACUCGAAAGGGGAAAGUAGCACUCCUGCCAACAUUAGCUGGGAUCAACGAACACGAAUUCUCGGCAAUAGUCCGUUUGAGUCAAGAAUCUGUUAAUGAAACAGACAUCUGCGAAAAUGUCCAAAAAGCCUUCAACUGUCCACUCCAGGAGACUGUGAAGAUGCGACUUGACCGGAAUGUGCCCACUUGGAGGUAUCUAUACCGAGGGAAUUUCACAAGUCUCAGUCCAACCACCUGGCUCGGAGCCUACCACACUGCCGAGAUACCCAUUGUGUUUGGAACUUACAAUCUAUCCAAAGCUAUAGCUCCAUCUGCGGGAGAGGCUGAAGCCAGCAGAUACAUCCAAGGUACUCCCUCUGAAACGUAUAGCGACUCGUCAAGGUCUUAUGAGUAUUUCUUAGGAGCAUGGGUUGCAUUUGCCAAGAACCCCCAAAAUGGACUCAGCAAGUAUGGAUGGCCACAGUUCAGUUUCGAUCAACCAACUUUGAUCAAUCUCGCCCUGGACAACACCACUCAAGUUGUGUUUACAUCAGCUGAUCCGUGGGAUAGUUAUUGCAAUGAAGUUGGCAAGACUACUGAUAUCGAGGGAAUCCAAGAUGGCAAGGGACAGAUAGUUCUUGGGUAUGAUUUAUAG